AUGGUUAUUCGAUUGACAGUUGCAGGAUGUCUGAAAACUAGGCAAAGCUUUUCUCUCCAAUCCAAAGUCAACCUUAAGUCUGUUUGGCCGCUUCUAUGCAAGAGGUUUGAAGCUUUCUGCAAAGGUAGCGGCAAAUUUCCUUUGAUGACGCCGCAGCAAAGUGACUGCUUUAUGAAGACACUGGAUUGGACAAAAGGUGAUCAGCGGGAAGCCGCAGUGUUGCUGCUUCUUGCCAAUGUGGAAGAUAAGCCGUCUAUUGUGUUCACUCUAAGAGCAUCCCAUUUACCACAACACGCGGCAGAGAUCUCGUUCCCAGGAGGCCAUUUUGAAGCAGAUAAGGACGCCUCGUUGAUCCACACGGCCCUUCGAGAAACCAAAGAAGAGCUGUUGCCAUCGGAUGCCCUUUUUGAGGAAAAGGUUCGCAUACUAGGAAUGACCUCACGAAUUCUCUCGCUCAAAGGAACCCCAGUUACUCCUGUAAUUGCAGCUUUGUGGGAAGAUAUUCCUCUCAAAUCCAUUGAGCAACUUUUCCCCGGGAACCCGUCAGAAGUAAAUACUGUAUUCACGAUUUCGAUCCAAGAGCUUUUGGAGAAGGAGACAUUUCAGGGUCUCCCCAAAAACCGGUUCGGUAUGAAAAGAACUCCAGCUUUUCCAACUCUCCAUGGAACUAUCUGGGGAUUGACAGCGCUUAUCCUGCGACCUGUAUUGCAUCGCCUUUUAAAACCGAUAUUUUUUUCAAUCAAGUGA